UUGACGUGCGGCUCGCGGAAGGCGAAGGUUUUUGUGUUGCUCGCCGGGGCUAGCGGCGGCGGCGGGGCUGCGGCGGCGUCGGUGGAGGAGGGGUGGAGGCGCAGCGACUGCUGCACCGCGCCCGACGCUGCGGAGCGAGCCCACCCGCCCCGGGAGCUCGCCUCCCUGGUGCUCCCCCUCCCUCCCCGCCCCCCCAGUGGCGCUGCCUCCUCCAAAUGAGCGAUUCGCCCGCUGGAUCUAACCCAAGGACACCCGAAAGCAGCGGCAGCGGCAGCGGCGGCGGCGGGAAGAGGCCGGCGGUGCCGGCGGCGGUGUCCCUCUUGCCCCCGGCGGACCCUCUGCGCCAGGCGAACCGGCUCCCUAUCAGGGUCCUGAAGAUGCUGAGCGCUCACACCGGCCACCUCCUGCACCCGGAGUACCUGCAGCCGCUGUCCUCCACUCCCGUCAGCCCCAUUGAGCUGGACGCCAAGAAGAGUCCACUGGCGCUGCUGGCCCAGACUUGCUCGCAGAUCGGCAAGCCGGACCCGCCGCCCUCGUCCAAGCUCAACUCGGUAGCGGCGGCGGCCAACGGGCUGGGAGCGGAGAAGGACCCCGGCCGCGCGGCCUCGGGCGCCGCCUCCGCGUCCGCGGCGCUCAAGCAGCUGGGGGACUCCCCGGCCGAGGACAAGUCCAGCUUCAAGCCCUACUCCAAGGGCGCCGGAGGCGGCGACUCCCGCAAAGACAGCGGCUCCUCCUCGGUGUCCUCCACCUCCUCCUCGUCCUCCUUGUCCCCGGGAGACAAGGCGGGCUUCAGGGUCCCCAGCGCCUCCUGCACGCCCUUUCCCCCGCACGGAGCACCGGUCUCCGCGUCGUCGUCCUCGUCCUCGCCCGGUGGCUCCCGGGGUGGCUCUCCGCACCACUCUGACUGCAAGAACGGUGGCGGGGGUGCCGGCGGGGAGCUGGACAAGAAAGACCAGGAACCGAAGCCCAGCCCGGAGCCCGCGGCCGUGAGCCGCGGCAGCGGUGGGGAGCCCGGCGCACACGGCGGCGGCGCCGCCGAGGCCGGGGCCUCCGGGCGCAAGUCGGAGCCGCCUUCGGCGCUGGUGGGGGCUGGCCAUGUGGCGCCGGUGUCACCCUACAAACCAGGCCACUCGGUGUUCCCGCUGCCUCCCUCCAGCAUCGGCUACCAUGGCUCCAUCGUGGGCGCCUACGCCGGCUACCCGUCCCAGUUCGUGCCUGGCCUGGAUCCUAGCAAGUCUGGCCUCGUGGGAGGCCAGCUCUCGGGGGGCCUGGGCCUGCCUCCGGGCAAGCCCCCCAGCUCCAGCCCGCUCACCGGGGCCUCCCCGCCCUCCUUCCUGCAGGGAUUAUGCCGCGACCCCUACUGCCUGGGAGGUUACCACAGCGCCUCGCACCUCGGCGGCUCCAGCUGCUCCACCUGCAGCGCGCACGACCCGGCCGGGCCCAGCCUGAAGGCGGGGGGCUACCCGCUGGUGUACCCCGGGCACCCGCUGCAGCCCGCCGCGCUCUCGUCCAGCGCCGCCCAGGCCGCGCUCCCGGGCCACCCGCUCUACACCUACGGCUUCAUGCUGCAGAACGAACCGCUGCCGCACAGCUGCAACUGGGUGGCGGCCAGCGGGCCGUGCGACAAGCGCUUCGCCACCUCGGAAGAGCUGCUCAGCCACCUACGGACUCACACGGCCCUCCCGGGCGCGGAGAAACUUCUGGCCGCCUACCCCGGAGCCUCGGGCCUGGGCAGCGCCGCCGCGGCCGCUGCGGCCGCCGCCUCCUGCCAUCUGCACCUACCCCCGCCCACCGCGCCGGGCAGCCCCGGGUCGCUGUCAUUGCGGAGUCCACACACUUUGGGGCUAAGCCGGUACCACCCCUAUGGCAAGAGCCACUUAUCCACGGCUGGGGGCCUGGCCGUGCCAUCCCUCCCCACAGCUGGACCCUACUACUCACCAUAUGCGCUGUAUGGACAGAGACUAGCCUCAGCCUCCGCGCUCGGAUACCAGUAACUACAGUUCUGCCUCCUUCCCAACCCUCCUCUCCUCCCCGCUCCGCCUCCCUUCCCCCACCGCCUCGCCGCUGCAGCCUCCACUACUGCUUGUCCCUGCCGGCGUCCCCGCCCAGACCCUCCUCGCCGGACUGUGUAUUUAUUUACUAUAAUGUUAGCUUACAAGCUGGGAAUAUAAGUGCAUUAUCGGCGCACACGAGUCAAUGGUAUGCAAAAAGUCUGUGUUCCCCCCAAUAAUAAUAUUAAUCACACAAAUAACUACAUGUUCCCUGCCCCUCUUCCUUUCUUUUAAUUUUAUCUUUUUCUUAGAUGUAAGUUUUAAAUUUUUUUCUUUUUUUUUUUUUUUUUUGGUGAAGAAGAUCGGGGAGGAGGGAGAGUUGGGGUUCUUCUAUUUGUUUUGUUUUCCCUUCCUGGGGAGUUUCUUGCAUGCCUCUCAACCGUUAAAACUACAUUUCCCCUUCUCUUUUCCCCUCUUUCUCCUUCAUUCCUUCUUGUUCCUUCCAUUUGAGGUUCUGUUUUUUCCUUUGUACGAGUAACAGAGGAGAAUGUUUUUUUGUAAUGCAUUUGGGGGUGCAGGGAGUGGCCUCGAUGGCAGGGGGUCAUGUGCUCUGGUGACCCUGAACUCUGUUCUGUGAGUCCUCCCCUGCGACCCUCUCCUCGGGUCCUUGGUCUGUGCCCUGGCCCCCAAAAUUAGAGCCUUGCUCCCUUACCUUGCUCUGAGCCCUGACCCCACCAGCGGGCUCCCCCUGAGAGAGGGGCCCAGAUGGCCUCCCACAGAAACUUUCUACCUUCCAGACUCUUCCCCGCCCCAAACACCUGGUGGUCACACUGCCCACAGAGGGGGGCCUGUAGGGCUCAUCUUAUUCAAUUAAAAGUCCUUAGAAGGCCUGCUGGUGUGAAACUUUGCUCUUUAUAUUUUGCGAAGUGCUUUUAUAGUCAUUGUUUAUCUCUCUGUUAUUGGGGCAGUGGGCCCUCUCCUGGUGGCAGGGGCGGGUUGGUGACUCUUGCUAGAUCCCUCCAAAGCAGACCAGUGGUGAUAUCAGCAGGGCAGUACAACCUUGUUAGCCCCGUUGGGGGAAGGUUGGGGAGUCAGGGAGCAUAUGGAUCGCAGCAGCCCCUUUGCCCCCUCCCAGGCCUGAACCAAGACAGUCCCCAAAGUUGGCGGGGGGCUUCCAUGGGCUCCCUCAGUGACUGGGAUUGAAGACUCUGGCCCCUGGGUCUUCUCCCCACAUCGUCCCUCCCUCCUGGGCUCACGCAGCAACGCGGGGCUGCUGGGCCUGUUGGGAUGAAUAGAGUUUUCCCUUGGUAAGACUUAUUUUGUUAAUAAAUGGAAUACUUGGCUAUAUUCA